UCGGUUCCUGUAAAAUACAACUGGUUUCUCUCUAUUCUCUUCGUAUCAGUUUAGACGCAACUUUGGUGCGCCUCACAUGACAGUUGUUGUGACACAUUUCCUUUCUAAGAGAUACCCUCACCACCACAAUCGUCUACAUUAUGGCUAGCAAGCAAGCGAGUAAACGCUUGGCGCGCGAGUACAAAAGCAUAUCAGAGAACCCUCCUCCAUAUAUCAACGCCCAUCCAUCAGACUCUAAUAUCCUUGAGUGGCACUACAUCAUCACAGGUCCCGAGGAUACCCCAUAUCAUAAUGGUCAAUAUUGGGGUACCUUAAUCUUCCCUCCUAACUACCCGUUCGCGCCCCCGGCUAUCCGAAUGCAUACACCAUCCGGUCGCUUUCAACCAUCGACGCGCCUUUGCCUUUCCAUUUCAGACUUCCACCCUAAGACAUUCAACCCAGCAUGGGAAGUAUCGACGAUCUUAAUCGGAUUGUUGUCUUUUAUGACAUCAGAAGAGAUGACGACCGGUUCAGUGUCAGCCACAGCACAUGAACGACGAAUAUUAGCAGCAAGAUCAAGAUGGUGGAACUCAACAGGAGGUGGCUCCCACCUUAAGAAUCCCGCACAAAAGGGUAAUGUAAAAGCAGGAGAUGGUGGCGCAAAAUUCAGAGCGGAAUGGCCCGACGUGGACAAGGAGAACUGGCGCUGGAUGACAGAAAAUAAUGUUGAUACAGCUACUGGUUCUAGAACUGGCGGGGCUUCAUGCGGUCCACAACUAGGAAUUGCCGGCGGAAGUGGUGGUCAGGCUCAAGCCGUUGUUGACGCAGUCGUGCAACGCAGAGACGCUGGAACCGGGUGGCUUAGCCGCAACAAGCUGUUGGUAUUUGGCGGUGUUAUCUUCGUCUACGUACUAAUUGCCCGUCUCCUUGGGGAGGGAGAGGGUACAUCUUAAUCUACCCACGGUAUAGGUCGCAGGCGUUCCUUUUUUCGUCUGUGUUACGGGUGGCACGUGAUCCACCUAUAUUAAGCUUUCCCAGGUUGAUAUGUUAUAACCUCUCAAGGCGUUCUUGGCCUUUGCAUGGACUGAGAUAUAUGGGGUGACUUAGGCGGUAUAGACUGAUUUCUAUCAAAAAGAUUGGCGAUAGGGGCAUCGGAUGAACUCUAU